GAUCAGCAAGCACGUUACGAAUAUGUCGGACGAAGAAAUGUCACCUACAGAAAAUUCUGUCUCAGAAGAAACUUCUGAUGAUAUGAAUAUUGAGGAAGAUGUUGUUAUCAUAGAUGAUCCGGCUGUUUUGGCAGAAGAUAAAAAAGAGGAAGGCAACAAAUUUUAUAAACAACAGAAAUAUAAAGAUGCUGUUCAUUGUUACACCGAAGCUAUCAAUCUAUGCCCAACAUGUGCUGCAUAUUACAGUAAUAGAGCUGCAGCAUUCAUGAUGUUAUAUAAAUAUAAAGAUGCGUUAGAAGAUGCACAACAGUCUGUAAAGUUAGAUAAUAAAUUCUUAAAGGGGUAUUUACGAGAAGGGAAAUGUCAUCUGGUUUUGGGGAAUGCAUCAGCGGCCAUUAGAAGUUACCAGCAUGUUUUACAACUUGAUCCCAAAAAUGCAACCUCACAAAAUGAAAUAAAAACAUCAGAACAAAUUUUAGAUCUCACAGAAAAAGCUGAAAUUUGUUAUGAAAGGCAAGAUUUUAGAACGACUAUAUAUUACAUGGACAAAUGCCUUGUCCAUUGUUCAGGAUGUCAGAGGUUUAAAAUAUUAAAAGCUGAAAGUUUAGCAUUACUGGGUAGAUAUGAUGAAUCAGAAGAAUUAGCUAAUAAUAUAUUAUUAUGUGAUAAUAUGUGUGCUGAUGCUACAUACGUCCGCGGCUUGUGUUUGUACUAUAGAGACAAUUUACCAAAAGCUUUUCAACAUUUUCAAAAAGUAUUGCGUCUGGCACCCGAUCAUCAACGAGCUAGAUUAGCAUACAAAAAAGCAAAACAACUCACAUCCAAGAAGGAAGAGGGAAAUGAUGCAUUUCGUUCAGGAAAAUAUCAACAUGCACAUGAUCUCUAUUCUGAAGCCUUAUCUAUAGAUCCUUAUAAUAAAUCUACCAAUUCUAAAUUAUUCUGUAACAGAGCCACAGUCUCCGCUAAACUUAAAAAAUAUGAAGAAUCUGUAGAUGAUUGUACAAAAGCCAUAGAAUUAGAUGAGUCUUAUGUUAAAGCUUUCUCCAGAAGAGCAAGAAGUUAUAUGGAAUUAGAACGGUAUGAAGAUGCAGUAAGAGAUUAUGAAAAGAUAUUUAAUUUAGAAAAAACAAGAGAGAAUAAAAAAAUAUUAAAUGAUGCCAAACUUGAGUUAAAGAAGAGUAAACGUAAAGAUUAUUAUAAAUUAUUGGGUGUCCAGAAAGGUGCAACUGAAGAAGAAAUAAAGAAAGCUUAUAAAAAACGAGCUUUAAUACAUCAUCCAGAUCGUCAUUCACAUGCAGAAGAAAAGGUACAGAAAGAAGAAGAGGUAAAAUUUAAAGAAGUAGGUGAGGCGUAUGGUGUUUUAUCUGACAGUAAAAAACGUACGAGGUAUGAUGCAGGACAUGAUUUGGAGGAGAUGGAUGGAGGUGGUGGUGGAUUCCACCAAAUGGAUCCAAAUCAAAUAUUCCAGAUGAUGUUUGGUGGAGGUGGCAUGAACGGGUUCCAUUAUUCUUCAGGUGGAGCUCAACAUCACGGUCAUGGAUUUAAUUUCCAAUUUGGAUAAUUUUUGCUGUAGUUAAUGUUAAUUCUUCUGCGGGUGUCUGAAAAUGUAAAAAUUUAUUAGUGAUAAUUUGAUAAAAGCUUGCAUACAGUUGUUAAUUAAUUUAAUAUAAUAAACGUACCAGAUUUACCAAAUGUAAAUAUAUCCUCUACGUUUUUUAAAAUGUUUCGGUGAUAUUGUCUGUGCUGUAAUUAUAUCAUGACCUUCUAUUGCUUUAUAAAAGUGAAGAGAGACAAAGAAGUAAUCAAAUUCUGUGUGAAAUUAUUUUGACUGAAUGGGUUGUAUAUCAUCAUCACUGAAUGAAUUAACAAUAAAAGCUCAUCAUUGUUAUCAUAUAGACUGUUCAAUGCAAACUUAACCAUCAUCCAUCUUCAUUAGCUCAGUUAAUGGAGAAAAGUAGGACAUUAAACCUCAUUUCAUUAUCUUACCUUUAUAUACAUGUAAAUUAUUUUACUAUUUAUCUUAUCUUUUCAUCAUUUUAAAUGUUUUUUUGCUAGGAUUGGCCGAGUCAGCAACUGUUAUUUUAAAUUGUAUAUGUUUAUUUGUACUAAUAUAAGUGCAGAGGGACUGCACCACACAUAAUUACACAAAACAAACUAUGGACAAUACACAAUAUGCAGAAAUCACAAACGUACGUACAUAUCAGAUAAAGUGAAUGGAUCCGGGGGCUAUCUGUAAGUGUCCACUGCGCUGUACAAUCCGGGCCUGUAGUGAUACAGACUUCACUCAAAAUUGAAAGACAAUUAUGAAUAAAACCCAAUAACCUAGAGAAAUACAUUGUGCAAUACUAGUACGAGUCAUGAUCUGCAAUAUGCCACUUGAAAUAUGAAUGUAAGCAUAUUGAAGUAAAAAAAUUAGGUAUACAACUAACCAUAUCGAUAUGGUCUAUGUUAUAGUGAGAAACAUUUUAAGUGUUCAAAAGAAUUGAGGUAUAUCGACUAUAGCGAUUUCUUGGCAUCUUAAUCCCAGUUUUGGCAUAGUUAUUUUUCACUGGUGCAAGUAAAUUUAGAUCAAUAUAGAUGAUUUGCACUGUAGAUUGGCAUGCAGUUAUUUCAGUAUUAGGACAUUUAUAAUGUGUGUAUCAAAAGUAUAUAUUUACAGUAAAUCGUAUCUUUUUUAAUGACAAUAGAUUUUUCUAGUGUCGGUAAAUUCAAAAAUCAGUCCCUGUGCAUCUUUUGCAUUUUUUUUAAAAAAAAAAAUAUCAAAUUUUCCACAGCUUAUGGUGGUUCUGGCUUUCGAUCAUAUCUUACAGUAUUUAUAUCAUUUUCAGAGGAUAUCAAAUGUUGACAAAUUUUCAAUUCAAGAAAACUUUGUAAAUACUGACCAUAAUUGAACCAAUUUUGGACAAAUUCCUUUUGGAGAUUCAACUUGUACUAUAUUGUAGUUUGCAAUGGAUUCCUCACUCCCUGUUAAUGGUAAUGAUUUAUUUUUAAUAUAGCGAUUUACAUAAAAGCAUCUCAAACCGCUUUACAUCAAUAUAGUAAUUACCUAGUGUAUAAUUCAAUGAUAGACAGUACAUAAAAUCAUUCUAAAAAUAACAUUACAAGUAAUUAAAAGAAAUAUCAACAAUAACUAGACAUCUUGACCUAAUACUAUAAAACUCUCGAGUAUGUUAUAUAAUUUCUAGUUUCAUAUUUACAAUGUAUGGCAUAUUUCAUAAUCUUGCGGCCUCAAUAAAAUUUUCUAAAAACGUGUUUUCAGUGCGGUUUUGAAGGAGGCGAACAAAUCUAUAUCACGGAGAGAGGCUGGCAGGCUAUUCCACAGAUGUGGUGCAUAGAUGCAAAAAGCGCGGUCACCGUAUGCUCGUGACGGUUUUGGUCUCAUAUUGUGAUUCACCAGUUUUACACUACAAGUAAUUAAAAGAAAUAUCAACAAUAACUAGACAUCUUAACCUAAUACUAUAAAACUCUCGAGUAUGUUAUAUAAUUUCUAGUUUCAUAUUUACAAUGUAUGGCAUAUUUCAUAAUCUUGCGGCCUCAACAAUAAAAUUUUCUAAAAACGUGUUUUCAGUGCGGUUUUGAAGGAGGCGAACAAAUCUAUAUCACGAAGAGAGGCUGGCAGGCUAUUCCACAGAUGUGGUGCAUAGAUGCAAAAAGCGCGGUCACCGUAUGCUCGUGACGGUUUUGGUCUCAUAUUGUGAUUAACCAGUUUUACACUAUCGCAGCUUUUAGUGCGGAUUUUAGGGACAUGAAUUUCAAUCAGUUCAGUCAGGUAGAAUGGUGCCGACCCACCAUGAUGGAUCAGUUUGAAUAUGAUGCAUAGAUUUUUGAAUUCUACUUUCAUUAUUUUGUCUAAUGUAAGUCUGUUUAUUAAAUACACCUAUACAUGUCCUACUGAGAGUAUAAAUAUGAUUAUUAUAAAAUCUGAUAUAACUGUAAAACUAUUGAUUAUUCCGUGAUAUAUUGGUAGGCAGAUUAAACAACUGCUGAAAAGCAUUUUACAUGUAAUAAAAGUCAAACAUAAUAAUAUUUAUCUAUUAUUGUAUGUUAAUUGUAGUUAUAUCAUUCUAUAUUUAUAUUAUAUUUACACACCACAUGUAGAUAUUUUAACAUUAUAAAGACUUUUGUUGCAUGUAUCAGGGAAUGUUUCUUUAGACGAAAGUUCACUACUGAUUGAAGAUCAGUUCAUUAACCAGAAGCUUCCCCCAUCUUAAUUCCACUAGUUAUUUUUAGUUUAUUAUAAUUAGAUGUUCUAUUUGAAAGGAGCAUAUGUUUCUUAAAGUUUAGAUUAUCAUUUUACAUAGAGACGGUUAUAUAAGCUAGUCACCCUGUUAUAAUUCAAAUGUCUAUAAAUAUGAUCAAUGAUUGGUUUUAAAAGAUAGAAAAGACAUUGUUCAUUGAUAAUGUAAGUAAUACAUGUACAAACUCAAUUCAACAAUUAUGUUUAUGUUGGCAAGCCAAAAAUAUGUGUUAUUAAUUCAUACUAAUUGUUGAAUUUGAGCUUUGGUACUAGCUUUAUUCCUCAAUAACAUCACUUUCUGUAAACAAAUGUCAUUUUAAUCACCAACCAAUCUAAGAAUUUUCAAACCUGGUUUAGAAAUGUGGAGGUUUGUAUUAGAUUCAAUAAACUUUUAAAUGGUCAUAAUAUAACAUGUUUUACCUCCAUGCAAAGACUAGGCGUGGUUGGUUUUUAUAAAUUAAUAACAAUAUUGCCACUUUAAACCCAAAACACGGCAACAUUUAAUUUGAAUUUUUCAUCCAUUAACAAAGAAAAAAAUAAACUUAUAUUGAAUUAUAAAAAUAUUAGUAUCCCCUGAUAUUUUACAAGGAUAUAAUAAAGAAUAAAGUAAACCAUUUCCUUAAAAUCUUUACAUAUAUAAAUAUUUGGUCAUUAUUUUAGGAACAAACAUGGGAGGUGUGAAAAUUGUCACCAAUCAAAGAAAAAAAUAUAAAUUUCAUGUGUAAAUAAAUCAUUUAUUGUGGCUAUAAUCCAUCAAGUCGGUGUAUUGUAAUGAAAGAUGUGUAUAUAUACACACUUUGACUUCUUGAUGGUAAACAUUUUAUAUAUCUAUAUUUAUUUGUAGAAAAAUCUAUUGUGUAUGUUUCAUGUAGUAGGAAUAAUUUGGUAAUGCUUUGAAUAUGAGAAAUGUUUUGGUUGACUAAGAAAAUCAAAUUUACAAGUAGCUAGUUGUUUGGUUGAAAAAAAAACAACCUCCGGCAAUUUUUAACAUCUAAGGGAUAAUCAAAAACUGGUUAGAUUAAACGAGAGAUGUGUUGAUGUGUAAUUGAUUUUAUGUUAGUUGAUUUUAUGUUCAUAUAUAUAUAUAUAUAUAUAUAUAAAUAGUUGAUGUAAAUAUAUAGAUUAAAUGACUGUAUAUACUACAAGCUUACUUACAGUUAACAACUUGGUUAUCCUAUUGUAAAUAUUACAACAGAGUUUUUUUGGAAAACAAUAAAAUGUAUUUGUAUGUUA